CAUGCUUCACGGUCAAAAUGGCGGAUGAAAAUGACAAAUGAGAUGUAAAAUAAUGCGGAAGACCAAUUCAAAACAAUUUUCAAAUAAACAGCAGCAGCGGGGAAGACAUUUCCACCGAAAAAACGCCAUCACCGAAAGGGUUAAUGAGAAAUGUGACGAAACCAAAUUAGGUGUACUGGCUCCACUGGAGAUCUUGGCUGAUUUUCCAAAAGUGAAGUGUUGUGGACUUUUGUGAAAGCAACGGGAAUAUCCUUCUUUUUGUAAAAUCACUGAAAAUGGCUAGCGAACGUGCGGUGUUUGCAAGAUGUCUGUCUUUAUUCGUCGCUUUUCAUUCUCUGUACUGUGGAAACGCUGUGAAUACGACGUUUGGUUUAGGAGCAAUGCUUUCCUCUCUGGACAACCAGAAAGUCUUCCAGAGUGCUGUGGAUAAAAUUAAUGCUAAUUCAAGCAGUCUUUUAAGAGGAGCGAUCUUGAAUGCAAGCUCCUACGUUUUAAACGCAAACCCUAUCCGUUCGGCAAUGGAUGUUUGCGAAAAGUUGAUCGCUAAUGGAGUAGCGGUAGUGAUUGUUAGCCACCCAAGAGACGAACUCUCACCGCCGAUUUCUGUGUCGUACGCCUGUAGCUUCUACUGGAUUCCUGUCGUCGGGAUUUCAUCAAGAGAAACAAUCUUCUCAGAUAAGGUUUUUUUUUUUUCUGAUUAAGAGUAUUGUUGUAUUUGUAAUUUGAAAUGGUUGUAAGAAAUGGCAAAAAUAUGAUACAUUGAUAUUUAACGAAGAACAAUAUUGGAGUGACGACCAUUACAAGAAAAUAAUUCGUUACGCUGUGUUUUAAUAAUACGUUGUGAUUACUUGUAGAAGUUGCAAUCAUAUAUGGCCGAAGUAAUUAUCCUUUCCUUAGAAGCUAGAUAUACAGUUAGCCUCGCUUCUUCACUUCUUCAAUUUAGUAACGGCUUUCGUAGAUGUAGUUUUUGCCGUGGACAUUCUCGAUGCGCGGUUUUUCAAGGAGAUGUAAAACAAUGAACUAAGCUUUUUAUACUGUAAUGUGUAGUAGAUUGUGUAUUAUUUAACUGAGGUGAUGAUUUUAUUCAUUUCUUGGCUUUUUAGAUGGCACUUGGUAAAUUUAAUCAUGUGUAUGUUGCAGUUUGCCUAAUAUUGUUCAUGCAUGGUUUAUAAAGCUCCAGAGUUAGGUUAUCAUACAACAUUACUUACCAUACCUCACAGUUACAAAAAAAAAAAAAAAAAAAAAAAAAAAGACAAAAAACAAUUGAACCAAAACAUAUACAUGUACAAUAGCCUCUAUAUGAGAAAGUCUAUAUGAUAAAUAAAACUCUAGAUGGAAUUUCUUGGCUUUUGAUAUAUCUAGGCACCCUGACAAAGGGUUUCAAAACCUGGCUAUAACUUUUUUUCAAAAUCACUUCACAUUUUCAUGAUGGAAAUCACUGGAAAAUUGUUUUGAGUGUUAAAUUUUAAUAUAAUUUCUGAAAUGGUACAACUGUGAAUAAUUUUUGAUGAAUUUCAGCUUUAUUUAUCUUUUAUGCAGCUUUGCACCUCUAUAUUGUCACUACUAUACACAAAAAAAUAAUGUGCAGGAAAACAAAGUUCUAAGCCAAACCAAGUGUAUUGACGGAGGGUUUCUGUGAGCUUUUAAAAAUAAAUUAUGUGGCUGAAGUUGAAUAGCCGGGACAUAAUUCAAAGCUAACAAUCCUUACUUUUCAAGUACUAUUUUUGAUAAUAGCUUUCAAAUGUGCUCUUCUGUACAAACAAAAAUGGUGAAGUCAUCACUGGAUAUUGUCUUUCCUUUACUGAAUUAUGGUUAUAAAAUAUUACAUUAGAAAAUUCAGUGAACAGUUGUCUUGAUGUAGUUUUGUAAUACAUGUAUUUGGUUCCCCUAAGUAAUCGCCAGUUUUAAAGAACAGUUACAACCAUAAUAAAAUAACAUAAUCACGUUUGAAGAGGUGGUAGGAAGCCAUAGAUGUAGGUGACUUACCUGAUUGAUUAAGGAGUUUUUCAAUAUCAACUUUUAGCAUUCAAGUUUGUAAUAUACAAAAAAAAAAAACAAACAAACAAACACAAACCAACAUAUGUUACCUUCACAGCUAUUUUAUUUAUGGCAUUGGCAUAAUAAUGCUACAAAAAUCCCAUAGCAUAAAAUAGCUUUACUAUAAGAAAAUUAAAAUAUGUAUUUUGACUGCUUUGUUUUCUUAAUUUACUUAUAAAUUACUUUAAUAACAUUUUUAGAUGGCCACAGUCCUUGGUAUGUAACUUAAUAUUUUUGGAUUUAUUUUAUGUUCUAUUUCAGUCUAUUCACGAGUCUUUUCUGAGGACUGUUCCGCCCUAUUCAGAUCAAGCUUAUGUGUGGCUGGGCUUGUUGAAGAAGUUUGCCUGGUCUAAGGUUAUUUUGCUGACAAGUAAUGACCAGGAUAGUCGCAUGAUUGCAACUAAAUUUACAGGCUUGGCUGAGAAGAAUAACAUUAAGGUGAAUUUGGAAGGCUAUUAAUAAUAACUCCUAUGUGUAGUUGCAUUGUUGAGACUCUGAUAAUUCCGAGCAAAGUGAGUUUAUAAUCUUGUUGGGCGUGAAGCAUGCACACAGUGUGUGGACCGUGCGUGCAUCGUAGUGAGCUGCAAACUCACAGCACCUAUACUUGUAUAUGUCUGAUGGUGUCCGCCAUGACGUCAUACAGUAGUUUGACGUCACAGUGCAUUUUUUGUUUCUAGGCAACAUUAGACUGAAAGCAAUUUCUCAUCAAUGACCAAAAUGCACUACAUGUUUUCGUUAUGAAGAGCUGACUUGUUUAUUCAUCGUGUGUGAAAUUCAAUGUUUACUACUGGUAAUUCUCAAGCAAUUUCUCAUGCAAAGGGAACAGAACAGCAAACAUAAGAACGCCAAAUUCAACAACCGGCUGUUUACUCGCAAGGGAAGAUUUGACACUGAAACUAGCUUCUCUGAAGCAAGAAUGCCGACUUGAAACUCAUAUUGCAACGAAGAAGGAAACAGCAGUAACAAACGGUGGAGCAGAGAAAACAUCACUCAAUGAAUGUUGAAUGCAAAAGUACUUUUAAGAGCAAAUGGAAGCAAUUUGGAUAAUUAGCCUCAAGAUAUGAGUGAAAAUCACAGUUACAACAAAACACUUUUUACUCACAGAUAAUCAAGUUUAUUCCAUAUCGGCUAAGUUGGGCUUCACUUCUUUAAAUGUGAUGAAAAGCAUACGUCGAAGGCUGAAUGGGCUAUUAACUCAGAGGCCAUGAGGGCGAGAGGAAUAAUUGUUUUAGUAAAAUCCAACUAGUUGGUCAAAAACAUCGAGAAUAAAAAAGUUUUAGCUACUUAAAGCUAGACUUUAAUCCUUUUUUUUUGCCAAAAAGAUGGUGCUUUUUGCUACUAGUGGGCUAUAACAUGUAGCCUAGUAGUAGCUCAACCAAUCAGAAUGCAGCAUUGAUAAUAGACCACUAGAUAGAUUUUACUAAUAACCAAUAGAAAAUAGGAAUUAAAACAAUGGUAAAAUUACACCAUAAAGCAUAUAAAAAUGUAGGAAGGUUUCAACCCUGAAUAAUUUUUACAUGCACAGUUGUAUAGAUAUUUCAUUAAUAUUAAUCUGGAAUUUAUACUGUGAUUUUUUGAAGAUUGUGUUUAUUGGGAUCAAUAUUUCGUUCCUUUUUUUUUUUCCUUGCAGAUAGAAAAAACUGUCAUGUUCCAGACAGGAUGCCUUAAUGUCACAUCACAGCUUGCAAAGCUGAAAAAAUUCCAGUCAAGAGUAAUCCUGUUUAGUGCCAGGUUUGUACCAUCAAUAGCGGAAAGGUGGAGGACUGGCUGAGCCAAGAGGGGCCCCACAGCCAGUGCUUAGCCCAGUUUCUGUAAUGUGAAAUUAAGAUCCCAGGAGAAUUGCUACUUUUUUCACCCCAUAUUUAUAGUCAUUAAUAUUAUUUGGGUUGCACCUUGACUUUGUCCCAUUCCCACUGCAAUUUCUCGCUCUCCCGCUUUCUCUUUUCCCUGCAUUUACAUGUAUCUUUCCCUCCAAUAUGAGCCCUUACUUCUUUUCAAAAGGCCAAAAUACUUCAGCUUUUGUUUCUUUAGAAAGUUCUCUAACCAUUGAUCUUCCACCAUGGGCCUAGUGUCACGUGCAAGCGUGACACACGACAAACAUCAUUGUCUGUCAUUUUGUAGCUCAUUGUAGGGCUUAUUUUAACUCAUUUUAGCUCAUAGUAGCUCAUUGUAGCUCGUAGUAGCUCAUCGUAGAUCAUUGUAGGUCAUUGUAGGCCAUUGUAUUAAGUCAUUGUAGGUUAUUCCUUGUUUUAGUAACUACGACACACGUCCUCUGAUCUUUUUUUUUUUGUCUUUUUCUAAAAUCUUCAUUUUAGUUCAUUACAGGGAUUACACGUUCGGUCAUAGUAGCCCAUUGUAGGUCAUUGUAGAUCAUUGUACAUCAUUGUAGGUCAUUGUAGGUCAUUGUAGAUCAUUGUAGGUCAUUGUAGGUCAUUCCUUGUUUUAGUAACUACGCAGCUUCAGCGCCGGCUGUGUGUCGGCAAAUUUCAGUUGCAACUUUGACUUUCAUAGAUGGAUUUCCCCAGACAGAUUACGAUACAAAGCUAGUUAAUUUCUUUUUAAAAUUAGUGUUACCUGUUAUUCUUAAGGAAUUACAGUCAAAUUUUCUCAUUUCUACUUUACGUUUAUUUCAAAAAUUGUCACAUAUUAAGCUUGAUAAUUAUUUCAUUUAUUUAGUUUUAGCUUAUUUUUUUAGAGUUCUUUUAGAUGGUGUUUAUAGUUGCAGCUAUAGUUUUCCCACAAAGUUUUUACCCUAAUAUUAAGAGCAAGUAGACAGAUGCUAUUCAGAAUAAGAAUGUAAAAUAUGUUUUGUAAUUUACCUGAAGAUGGAGAACGGUUAUUGAUUCAGCGAAAGAACAACUCAAAGGGGUGGGCAGAUGGCAGCAUACAUGAACUCGGACCAAUGACUCAACCGGCAAAUGGAAAAUAAUGUUUUUCUCUUUUGAUUAUGUUAUAAAAGAAAUGGUAAACGUUGCAGCUGUGCAACCAUGGAGUUAUGUAUGCACUUGGGAGGUUUAAUUGGUAAGCACUCAAGAAGCUAGAACCGCACUCGGCAACUCUUAUGCUUCUUUCGUGCUUAGCAACCUCCGGCGUGGAUCCAUAACUCCAUGGUUGCAAGCUGCACGUUAACCAUUUCUUAAAUUUGUUCUAUUCUCCCCCUGUGCCACCCCCAUUCCCAACCCGUUAAAAAACGUGCAUUAUUUAGAAAAAACUUCAUAAUAAAAAGGUAACAUUGCAGUGGGUUAUGAGUGCUGGUGUUUCAGAUGAAUCUGUUUUCACAAUCCCAAGUGAAGAAAUGAACAUAAGUACAUGUAUUUACUUCAGUUAUGAUGUUUCUAUAUUGUAUUUCAAAACACAACAAGAGAGUCAUAAAUAAAAAAGCCUGUUGGGGAAGGGGGAGGGGGGGUUCUUCCUAUAACGGCCUCUAUGGUUAGGCUUUGUAUGAAUGGUGUCCCUUUAACCCUUUAAGCAACAGUAUCCACAUACAAAUUUUCCAAACUGGUCUCCAUACAUUUCCUAAAGAAUUAGUUGAGAGAAUUUGAUAAUAGAUCAAUGCAUUUUCUCUUGCGUGAUCAUUUUAUUAAUUCUCAUAACCUAAUCUCUUCACAAUGUAUGGAUAUUAUUAGGAGAAAAUUGAUGUUGGUUGACCACUAUUGGGACUUAAAGAGUUAAGGCUUCAGGUAUAAGAAAGGGUAGGGACUAGUCAGAAUAUGAAAGAGUAGUGAAGUCUGUUAUGUUAUUCUGUAAAAGGCCUAAAAAGGCUUACAGAUGCCUUUUUUGGCUGUGAAAAAUUUGAGAAAAUGUUAAUUUUUGUGAUGUAUUCAUAUUUUAAACACAGUGCAUUUAAAGUAUUUAAAAGAGAUGCAGGGUUCUAAACUAGGUAUGUGAAAGGGGUACCAAUGUUAAUGGGAUAUGUAAGAAAGGGGCAUCUUUUUUUUUUUUAAAAAAAAAGGUAUAUAAAAGAUUAAGGGUUUGGAGGAACCUUCCCUUUGUUGAUUACCCUCCCCUCCCCCUUGAGUGAAAAAGUAGAUUUUUCAUGGCUUUUAUUUAUUCUGUUUGAACAGUGAUGAAGAUGCCUUGGUUGUGUAUCAAAAUGCAUCGUAUCUGAAGAUGACUGGAAAUGGUUAUGUUUGGUUAGUGACACAACAAACAUUUUCAGGAGUUGCAAGAAAUUAUGUGCCACAAGGUGAGAUGUUAGACAUACGUGAAUGUACCUGUAGAUAGCUUAGAUUGUGGAAACUGCAAUCCUGGUCAUAAUUGUUGAAACAGUUGCUGAUUUGUGGCCUCCUUCCCCUUCUACGAGGUACAUGUCCACGCGAACCCGCCAAACAAACAUUAGAGAAAGGAGAGGGAAGUGAAACAUACGGUAUUUAUGGAACCUGAUCAGGCAGUGUAUGAUGUUGUGUUUUCUAGAAGUGUUUCAACAAAUUAUGACUGGGAUUGAAAUAGAAAAGUUGGAAAAAGAUAUUUAUAUUACAAAUGAGUUUCAAAUCUAUUACAUGUCAAACUAAACGGUGUACACCUGAAUUCCUUUAGGAUAUUUUAUGUGUUUGAGACCAAUCGCAGCAAAGAUCAGGACUUAUGAGCAAGCCACGAAACUACAAACUAAUUGACUUUGUUGCUGUCAUUUAGGUUUUCUAUGCCUUAUUGAAUUUUCCCAGAAAGACAGUACUUGAUUUUCUGUAAAAAAAAAAAAAAAAAAAAAAAGCAUUUCCAGUGAUUUAAAUUACUGUUGCAUUUCAUUCUGGUUCUUGGUUCUCCUUGUUCAUGGUUCGAUAAAAAAUAAUGUAAUUUUCUAAGAGCAUUUGAUCAUGAAGAUUUCAGGUCAUAUUUUCGUGCAAAAGCUCGCUUGGGGCCUGUUUGUCGAAAGUCCAGGUAACUUUUUGGGUCCGGAAAGCUGAUUUGUUUUUGUUGUGUUUGCAUUCAAGAUCUAAAUUUUGAAAAUAAUACAAUGAAACUAUCAAUGAACGAAGCAAAAUUGAAUGGUUUGUGGGCUAGAAACUGUGCUAUUAUCCAACAGGUUUUGUUUUUAAAAUUUGCAUUCGGGCCCGAAAAGUUUCCGGGUCUUUCGAGAAACGAGCCUCUGGUAUUUUAUUGGUGGUUGUAUAAUAAAUACAUGUAUCACACAGGUAUGGUUGGAAUGCAGUUGCCUCAUGGCUAUGAUGAGCCUGCACAAAUACAGGAUGCGGUUAGUCUUGUUGCAACAGCCCUUAAUACACUGUUAGCUACUGGAAGAAGCUUAACCCCACCUCCUUCCAGCUGCCGUGAAACUGCUCAGUGGGAUAGUGGCAAAACUCUAUUCGAGUAGGUGUCUUAUUAUUAGAGAGAUUUAGGGCAUCUUCACAUGAGCUCGGUUGAACGAGCUGGCCCCGUUUACUGGGACCAACUUCUCUUUGGAUUCAUAUGAGAAAUUUUUUAGCCCGGCUUCCGUGAUGAAAAAAGGCCAAGGAUCCUCGGAACGAGUUCUGGCUCGAAAUUCGAUAGAUAAAGCAAAUACGGAUAAACACAAAAAUUCUAACUUUUGGGCCUACCAUAGCUUUGACAACCCGUAAAGCUGUAUCGAUGCAGUUAAAUGGGGUGCUGAUGAGGUGGAAAACACAGUAAGCAAUGCAAGACGACGCCAUCCGGGCCGCCAGAAUCCAUCCCGCUUUCAUCCCGGUAACCGGGCUAAAGUGUUCAUAUGGCAAAAUUUUCAGCCCGCUUACCGAGAACCGAGAUCUUGGGAAUCGAGCCAGCCCGCCCUCUCAUAUGAACACAUCGAAAAUUUUACAAGGGAUAUAUAGAGGUAAGGCGAGAUCUCGGAAACCGGGCUCAUGUGAAGAGGCCCUUAGAGUCAUGUUUACGACAAAUGGCAAAAGGCAAACGUCAGAUCCAAGUUGAGAAAUUCUCAAAAUAGAAAAUGAGCGGUUAAAAACAGCUCAGAACAAAUUUCGUGGAUAAAGUUGGUGUGAGUCUACUGAUGUCCGUGUAGUUAUAAUGAACAGUAAACGACAAGUAAAGGGGAAACUUGUUAACGUGGUCAGUACACAUUGAUGUUUGUCGUCUGCAGUAAACUUGACUCUAGGAAUGAAGUUAAAACAAGAAGUGAUGUUUUCUUGUGAUACCAAUGAAAUGUGAACUUCCUAUAAAUUUUACUCGCUCUGAUUUUAUUGGACAUAAGUUAUGGUGUGUGUCUAAUCAGCCGUAAGCCUUACGGUACGUCAUCUCGCCACCAACGGUGAAUCGUCACCAAGAAGUCGACUCGCCACCAACGAAUAACUCAGAAAUAAUUGGCACAGUUUGAUACCUAGGAUUACUUACCUAAGAUCUUUACUUUUUCGUCAAGCUUAUUCGAAUUUAAAGUCGACCCAAAUACAAAUCUUUCGAUCUUAACUGUCAAUCCUUGCGUUGAACGUCUUAUGCUCUUGUUAAUCGAAUACUGAUAUACACUUACAGGGUUCUGUGAAUGUAAACUGUGACAUUUGAAAGAUUAAAAACUGGAAGAAACGUUUCACAAUCACCGGUCAUUUCCUUGAAAUAUGAAAAUAAAGUAAAGGUUAAUAAAUUUCGGUUCAUGAAGGUUCAAAACAAUGCUAAGCUAAGUUCUAUUCUGGUGGCGAUUUCGUUGGCGAGAUGGUGUGGCUGCGAGGUGACCAGAUACCAGCUGUAAAUUAAACCAUCGGGAAAAAAAUUCUUAAAGCUUAACCUGGCCGAGUACAGCCGUUUCUCUUCGAUCCUCGCCGCUUUGGGACGCGUAACAUCGUACAUUGUUAAGCAACUUUAAUAUGCUACCAUCUCCUUAAACUAAUGUUUGAGGUUCAAUCGUGACAAAAGUACCAUUAACAGUACAUAGUGUAACAUACAACUUUAAAGGAUAUGUUUUGAUGGACAUAUAGCUUUGACGAUAAUGAAUUAUAAAAUUGAAAUCAAUUUAUAAUAACGUACUGUAAGUUCUGAAAUAAAAAAAUAUAUAAGGUAAGUGAUGAAAAUAAAAUAAUUAUGGCAUAAAUUAAUAAUUGUAAUAAAUUAUAAUAAUAGUUCAUAGAGUAAUAAUUACAGCUUCAUAACAUUACUUAUAUUAUCUUAUAAUGAAAUUCAGUGCAGUCUAACUGAACGAUUUUUGUUUUGUUUUUGCAGUGAGCUGGUAAAUACCAACCUCACUAAUGGAAAGACUGGUAACUUGAUAUUAAACAGGAAGGGUGAUCGUUUAAACGCAUUUUAUCAGAUCGUAAACCUUAAGAAUGCUUCAACUGGUGCACAGUUAACGGUUGUUGGAAGCUUUCAUAAUGGUGAAGUAUCAUUUAAUGAUACAAUUAUUUGGCCAGGAGGACAAGACGAAAAACCGGAAGGAAUCUUUGUUUCUACUCACCUGAAGGUAAAGUGAUGUAGGGUAUGUUCACAAUUUACCUGAAUAGCUCUUGUGCCGCGCGAAGACCAUACCAUGUAGGGCUUCUAUUCGCACGUAAGAACAGCGAUUUGGGCGCGGUUUCUGUUACGGAACGAAGCGGUGCAGCGCCGAUCUUAAUAGUGGAUCGUCACAAAUCUGAUAGGUUUCUGCCACUCCUUGUUGCAAUGUGAACAGGCGUUCGGAGCGUUGUACAUUGAAAUGAGUAGGAGCGAGGACUGAAACCCACUGAUGCGGAAGUAAAUAUUUAGGAGUGAGGGCUGGGAGUUAGGCAAAUACAAAAUAAGAUCAACCUAAGGGAGGUUUUGUGAGCCCGCGAGACUGAGCAACCCCCACAAACCCUUGUUUUCACGUAAACCGCUGAACACAAAACCUCCCCUCGAUGUUACAUUGUCACAACGUAUGUGACAAUAUGUGCGAUGUGUGUCAACGACUUGAUCCAGCUCUGUGCCAUUGCAUAGUUGAAUCACUAUCUGUUUCGUAUAGUGAGAAAAAUGUAUCGUUGAAGCCUUACUGAAAGCUCCCGGACAAACUCCAGGACAAACCUUUAAUUCAAACAAUUUUUUCUCUUUAACGCUUCUCUGAAUUUAGUGAAAGAACCUGGCACAGUUACCGUUCUCUGAAAAUUUAAGUCUGAAAUAGCAAUAAUAAUUACGUGAUGUUAAAAACUCGACGGAAGUUUUUGCAAAAAAACAUUUGGCUUUUUCUUUUUCCAGAAAUUUUGUAUUUUCUGAUGUCUCAUAUCUCUUUACAAAUGCAAAUGAGUACAUCACACAAAAAGCUAAAUAGUGUAUAGAUUACAGUAGAUUAAGUUUAACCACUACAAUAAACACCUGCUAAUAAUAACCUGUGAAUUAAGAACCUCCUGGCAGAAAUUCUCCACAUUAAUACCUAAAAAUACAAGAACCUGUUUAGCCAAGCAAGGUCAAGCAGUUUCUUAUAAUUAUGUGGGUAUUACGAUAAACAUUUUAACCAAGGAUUGUAAAUUUGAGUUGUAAAUUAAAGUAUAAUAAGAGCAUAUUGUGCUAAGCUGUGUAUAAAUUCGGUAACCAGUUUUGUUAGGGUUACAAUAAUAAAAUUGUGAAUAAUAAAAGUUUUCUUUAUUCUUAUGGUAAACAACAAUUAUCUCCUUCAUAAGAAUUAAGAACCUAAUUAAGAACUUACUUAGCCUAAAUUGCCAAUGAUCACCCCAAAGUAAAAGAACCUAUUUUGCCAGACUUUAAAAAAAAAAGUAGGUUCUUAUUAGCGGGUGUUUACUGUAUUUCAGUUAUUUGGAUCUACUUUUACCUAGCAUGACGUAUUUUCUGUAAAAUCCUUAUGAUGACGCAUAAUGCAAGCAAUUACGUCUGAAAAUAUUUGCUCGUUAGGAUACACAUUUAUUUACUGAUUUGGUUCAUUUCUGCAGGUGGUGACCUUGGUGGGUGAACCGUUUGUAUUUAUCAAGUCUAUGCCCGAGAGUGGUAAGUGCAGCGAUCUUGAUGAUUCGAACCAGAAGCGGAAGCACGUCAGAUGUACUGGAAAGGUGUAUGGAGAACAUGCUAAACUGGUGUCUGCCGACCAGAAUGAACACUGCUGUUAUGGUAUGUCAGUGAGAACUCUCAGUCAUACCCUUCCUUUUCUCCACAUGCUAACCAAGACUGGGCGGUGGAGCUCUAGGGGCAAUUAAAUAAAACUUUUACAAGUGUAAUUUACAAGUGAAGCCAUUGUUUUAGGGCCCGGAGACAAUAGCUACUCUUGUAAAUUACACUUGUAAGUGGAAAACUUUAGAUUCGAGGACGAGGACGACAUUUAAUUUACGUUUUCUCCCCUAUUUUCUAAAAAUGGACACCCCGCAAAGCUUCAUUGACUUUUUUUCACCACAAAAGUUAGUACGCUAACUAACUGAAUAAUAACAUUUCUAACAUUUAAUGACUUGUUUUCGCCAGCACGAUAUUCUCGCUAAAACUCGUAGUGGAAUGACGAUGGCUAUCACGUUUUCCCGCCCAAAUGACGUUGGUUCGCGCGCGUGCACUACUUAGUAUUGGGAAAAUCUCGUUCUCGUAGUCGUCUUCGUCUUAGAAUCCAGGAGCGUAGCUAGAGGGCGGGUGGUCCUGGGGUGGUGCCCGUGACCCCCCCACCCAUGACAAUAUCUUGGCCGUAAAAGCCAUUGUUGAAAAGCCCACUUUUUUAAAAUUUGUUUUUUUGUAAAGUAUUUUUGUCAACGGCUCUUGUCUUUAGUUAAUAUGGGCCUUCAUGCCGCGAUAAUACGACUGAGCCCGCUGAUACACGAGGGAGAGCAGCGGUAUAAGCCAUAUAUAGUCGGCGAUCCCCGGAUGGUGUCCUUGUUUGUGACCCCCGCUUUGAAAAAUCCUGGCUACGCCCCUGGAAUCUAAAGCUAUCUAUUAAAUUGACCCCUGGAUAAGGGAGAAGAGCGAGUGGGGAUAAUGUGAUCGAGCGGAAAGCGCAAGGGAGGAUGGGAAGGAGAAAAGAGGACAAAAGUUGUUUACCAUUUACAUAUGUAGACUGACCGGUCGGUUCAUGGUGUGGGUAAAUGGCAAGCAAAAUUUAGAACGGGAAAAUUGCGCCCUGGAAUCGCGUUUAUCAUUUUGCACAAAUCAGGCAUUUGCCGAAAAAUGGCUGUGAAACCCUGAGCCGGGUACCAAAGAUGGCUUUAAAAAAAAUGGAACACGAAUUUCCGUCUGAAACAUUUUGUCCUGAAAAAGAGGACUACCUUUUCAGAAAUUCCGUUGCUCCAGGACUUUUUCCACUGGAAGUACCUGAAAUGUCGUGUUCCUUUAACUUUCCAACCGGAUUUUCUGGAAACUAUUUGUAAAUGGUGAACAACUAGAAAGCAGGCCUUUUCAUUUUUUCCAUCUCGUCCGCUUCACUUGAUCAUCAACUAAAAUGUCUUCAAAAUAAGCAAUCGCGAAGGACUUAGUGCGCGCCACUGAGCCAUGCGAUCAAAAUAUCUACGAGACACUGAACCUUCUAAGUGAAGAAACAUGAAAGAGUGUCAAUGGUCCAGUUUCGAGUUAAGUAACAUUAGGGGUUAUUUUAUAGCCCUGCCACCUCACGUAGUAUUAAUUUUAUCGAUUUUGCAAUUCAUCUUAACAUAAUCAUUUUUUGCGGUCGAGUGUUCCCAUUUUGAGCUGGAAUAGAUGUAUCGACAUGUUGAUUCACUUAAAGUUUGAAGUAGCCAUGGGAUUUCGCUACCGGAGCUCAAUUAACGAAAAUCUUUUCUCAUAUUUACCUCCAAACAUUUUUAAGAAUCGAUUGUCCGUAGGUAAAUUCUCUGUAAUAUAAUUACAAGACACGUAACUUUAAAAAUAUGGUCAUUUCGAAGUAAAAAAGGGCUUUACUUUUGCAAGGAUAUUGCUUGGUAAAAUUACUUUCAGUUGGAUAUAGACCUCUGCAGUUGCCACCUUUGGAUUUUGGAUUAUUGUUUUGUUCCUUUCUAUGUCUUCAGGGUUCUGUAUGGAUCUUUUAAGACGCCUAGGGGAGAAGGUAAACUUCACCUAUGAUGUUCAUUUAUCUGAGGAUGGAAGUUAUGGUUCUCUUAGGAGGGUAAGUACAGACUGAUGAAAAACCUUCCGAGGGCAACGAGGCCACGAAAAUCGCUCCCCGUGGUUGCUAAUAAUUGUACUUAAUAUUUUAUUUAUUAAUUUAUUUAUUUACCAGCUUUUCUGGACACAGGCCUGCCCAGAGGGAAUGUGCACGAACGGGACUUGUAGGUCCCAAGCGAGGUGCCAUCCCUGCCCAAUCCCACAACCUGUAAACGUUGGCCACACUACGGGGGUCUACGACCCCUACUCUUUUCCAGUAGUCCCACAAGAACAAAUCAGUGAAAGUGUUGUGAGACGGGACCUACGGUUUUUCGUCCUUAUCCGAGAAUACUAGAAAGUCUAACCAUUUGUAGAUGCCACUGCAAAGGCAGCACUUUCUCCUCAGUUAUUUAAAGACCCUGAGUGUUGGUCCGGCCGGGGUUUGAACCCGCGACCUCCCACUCGGCAGACCGGCGCUCUCCCAACUGAGCUAACCAGGCGGCGGUCAAAAUAAUUUCAUUGUCUUAAAGUCUAGACUCUAAAAAAGAGUUUCAUAGUUGAAUUUUCACCAUUUUGCUACUCACGCUAAUGAUAAUCUGUCACGCAGCCGUUCGUUUGUUUGUCGCGCAACGUUCCUUAAUUUUCGGAAAGAUUGCUGCGUGGGCGGGCCAGACAAUGACUGCCUGGGAGACCAGCCUCAUCGUAGGUUAGCAAAAUCUUAUAAAUUCAACCCAAUAACUCACUUAUUACACGUGAUAAGAAUGUUCUGUAAAUUAACAGGUUAAUGGCACGGAUACGAAACGCUGGAAUGGCAUGGUGGGAGAAGUGAUUGAUGGCAACGCAGACCUCAUUGUCGCUGCUCUGACAAUCAAUAACGAAAGAGCUGAAUGGAUUGAAUUUUCAAAACCUUUCAAGUAUCAAGGACUUACUAUACUUGUUAAGAAGGUAAAGAAGACCGUUUCUCUUGUUUUGUUUUGUUUGUUUUUUUGUUUGUUUUUUUGUUUUUUUAUAUAAAGUUUAUCAUGUCUCAUGCGUGAAACCAGGCCGAAAGGUUUUUAUUCCUGUCGACGAGAUUCGAACUUUAUCAUAAAUUUUUAUCCUUCGCCCUGCGGAGAAAACUGUGUUGAGCUAGACCUCAUUAUUACUCCUAUUUUAACGGCUUCUUAGUCUGUUUUUAGAGCCCAGAGCCGGUUUCCAGUUCAUUUUGGCUGUAUUUCUCCAAUCAGUUGAUUACACAAGCCACGCCCUCGGUCAGCUGUCUUUGUUCCAUUUUAACCACCACAACCAGUUAUCUAACACAUACGAUAGCAAAAUUAUCCUGCCAGGAGUUUCCGUUUUAUUUGUUAAAUUUGAUUCCUUUACUCAUUUUACUUAUACCCCUGAAUGCUACUCUGCUCAACCAGCACCUUCUCAAUACCACAGUCUUCGCGACUCUGUAGUUAGGUAUUACUGUGCAAGUAUGACGUGGGUGUUACAAGUUAUUCUGCAGUUAUCGCUCUCCAGUAUAGCCUGAGAAAACAGCCGACAUUUCGCGACGCAACCACUGGUUUCCCCGCGAAAUGACGUCUGAGAAACGACUGCAGAAAUUCCAUACUGAUGAAACGACACUACCCUGACUUGGUUAUUGCUUCUGAUUGGCUGGAGCAAAUUUUCCACGCGGCACGACCAAUCAGAAGCACUACCCGACAGGUCAUCAGUAUGUAAUUUCUGCAGUCGUUUCUCGACGUCAUUUCGCGUUCGCGGAAAACCAGGGUGGUGUCGCGAAAAGUCAGCUGUUUUCAUUAGGCUAUGUCCAGUACAGCAUUGAUAGCACUAGUGUGGUUCAGGUACCUUUACUAAGACAGCUGAUGCACCUUUCCCUUUAAAGGACCAAAGCAGAAACCGGCUGGACUCCUUCCUCCGUCCGUUCCAGAUCAACUUAUGGCUGCUGGUUUUACUCUCCGUCCACAUAGUAGCUGUCAUACUAUACCUGUUAGACCGGUUUAGCCCGUUUGGCCGGUUCAAACUGGCCCGGAAAGAGAAAGAAGAGACAGCCCUUAAUUUAUCCAGUGCUAUGUGGUUUUCUUGGGGAGUACUUCUGAACAGUGGCAUCGGAGAAGGUUUGUUCUCAAAAUCAGUAGUAAUUUGGAAGACAAAUGAAAUCUUGAAAAAAUAAUAAAAACAACAGCAACAACAACAAUAGUAGUAGUAGUAGUAGUAGUAGCAGUAGCAGUAGCAGUAGCAGUAGCAGUAGCAGUAGCAGUAGCAGCAGCAGCAGCAGCAGCAGCAGCAGCAGUAGUAGUAGUAGUAGUAGUAGUAAUAAUAAUAAUAAUAAUAAUAAUAAGUAAUAACAAUAAUGUUUUAAUAACAAGCUUGUGAGUGUGAUCAAAUGCAUCUUGCGUAUUCAUGUAACCAAUAUACAGCUAAUUCAAUAAAGGUUGCUUUGGGCAUUGGGAAUUGCGCAUUGGGAAGCUAUUGUUUGGUGGUCACUCAAGUAAAUCAUUUCAUUGUUCCAUAUGCGCAAUGUCCAAUUACCAAUGACCAAUUAUCAAAGCAACCUUUUUUGAUUUAGCUGUAUACCUCUUUAAUAGCCGAGUUUGAAGUCCGUGCUAUAAAUUACGGACAUUUUUUUUUUCACACGGCGAUACUAGUGGAAUAGUAUACUAAGAAAUGGGAUUUGGAUCCGGGGUGUACUCCCUUAGAUAAUCUCUUAGAGAAUCGCUAUCGUAACGUGCUAUUCGUUUUCCUUUUCUUCUUGUUCUUCUUUACAAAAUACCAGUGUCACGUACAAAGUAACUCCUCAACGAGGACUUCCCUUUUUUCAUUUCAGGGACGCCCCGUAGCUUCAGUGCUCGUGUACUCGGUAUGGUGUGGGCAGGGUUCGCCAUGAUUAUCGUUGCCAGCUAUACUGCUAACUUGGCCGCCUUCCUCGUCCUUGAUCGACCUAAAGCGGUGGUCAGCGGUAUUGAUGAUCCAAAUGUGAGUACUUUGUGUGAAAAUCAUAUUGUCAUCGAUUUAUCUUGGCAGGUUUCCGUAAUACACAAGCUGAGAUCUAUCCUCGGAAAUUAGGGAAAAAACCUCGGACACCGAGGGUAGCUUAGAUCCUGGUUGAAAGCUUGACCUGACAGUGUUGGAUCAAGUAAAACAGAUGUAGAACACAGGAGAAAAAAGGCUCAUUAUACGUUUGUGGGAAAGUACCCACCUACCCUUGCCCUAACCCAAUAUUAACACUUGCUUCCCCCUUGGGGCAAAAUGUUGGCUUAAGGGAGGGGUACGUGGGCAGUUUCCAAGAGACGUGUAAUGAUGGUCAGUGUCGAUCUCCUUCGUAGCCGUUCUUUAUUCCGUCAAGCAGUGCUUUUCCUUUUUGCGUAAGAGACCGGAUCACAAGGUGGAUGGACAUAGAGCAAUCAAAAGCCACCUCUUACACCCACUAAACUAAAAUCAUUAUUCAACUAUAAUGAAAAUGGUAGCAUAAAAUGAUUUCUGUUGCUAAUAGUCGUCAAGCAUUACCUGUACAACACCAUACACUUCGACCAUAUGGAGAAAAUUUACGAAGAUGAUUGAUUUCCUAAAAUUUUCACCAACUGAGAACUUCCAUUACUCUAAUAGCAAAAUUGAACAUCACUUUUGCAAAUGUUUUUGGCAUUAAUGUUGAUUGACCAGUCCAAAAUGUUCACGGCAGUCUUAAAUGUUCAGUUUUACCUUAUUUGCCGAGUGUGGGGUGAUCUUCGCAGUUUAGCCCCGAGCUGUUUGAUUCAAUACUCACCGUCUAAAGGUGAUUAUUAUGUACUUAUUGACUGACUGGGAGGACUGGACGGGAAAUUAUUUGGCUCGAGACUGAGCGACCUGACGGAGGGCCAAAUAUCUUCACGACCGGCCCGACCUAACGUAGUCGGUAAGCAUGUUAUCGUAUGCCUGUUGUGUUUUUUAAUUUUUUCUGACGGAGCUAAACCGCAUGGUAUCAGUGCGCUUUUCUAGGAGAACCGUAUGCCCCAUCACUUAACGCGUGCGGCCCUCAUACGGGACUUUUCUCGUAUAGUUUUCCAACGAAAUUUCGAGCGGGGCCGUACGGUUCAUAUGAUAAAGCUUGUUUUUGUAUUUGUUUAUGUUUAGUUGCGCAACCCUUCUAAAGAAUUUAAGUAUGCCACCGUAGCCAACAGCAGUGUAGAUGCUUAUUUUCGCCGGCAAGUCGAGCUGUCCUCCAUGUACACCUUCAUGGAAAAAUAUAACGUGAAGACUGCUAAAGAAGCUAUACAGAAAGUUAAGAACGAGUAAGUUAAAUGAAGUCGUAAGCUGUGUUUGUGGGAGAUCAUAAAAAGGGACGAUUUUUGUACACAUCAGAUGUUUGUAUGUUCAAACACCUUCAAAGAGGGAACUGGAGCCGAAAUUCUUCCCGCAAAUGUUUCUGGGAUAGUUACUGGGGACGCGCUGGUCAGCUAUGAGCCAAUUUUUUCCUAUCCCUAGGAACAGUUUUAGAAGUCUUUGGGACAGGUAACUCGGCCCAGUUUUUUUCUCGUUGAGCCAAGGGUGGGAGAAAGAAAGGUCUGAGGGAUGUGUGUGUGGAAUUUUUGUAACAUUUUUUGAAACAUAGAGGCAAGAAAUCAAAACGCGAUUGCAGGAAACACUUAACUCAGUAAUUAAAGUAGCGUUUUUAUUAGUGAUUAAAUUACCGAGUUAUAUUUUAAGCGUUGGCUUGCUCAAGAGCUUGAUUCAUCAGUUAUCUAUGUGACAUCGAAUGCAGCGUUGAAAGCCACGAAUUUGUUGGUUUGGUCUUUGAAAACUCAGUGCUGUGUUUAAAAGCUGGAUUUGUGAAAGGCCGUUCUUUUUAAAUUUUGCGCUGUCAUUUUCAGGGAAUUGAAGGCGUUUAUCUGGGACUCACCUGUGUUGUUUUAUGAAGCUUCCGAGGACUGCACGCUAACUACUGCCGGGGAACUGUUUGGACGAUCAGGCUACGGAAUCGGAAUGCCUAAGGUACAGUCAAACCCAUUUUACGAACACCCGCUUUAUAAGGACACCUCACUAUUACGGACAGUUUGGUUUGUCCCUGGGGAAAUAAAGCCUUUAUAUUUUCUCUAAAUUCAACCCGUUUAAUAUGCCAAAUAAGUAGUUUUUAUCAAGGUAGAUUGGCCACCGUAGCGGGAUUGAGAUGUUGACGUUUUUAGCCUGCGAGUAGGCUCACUUGUGCGAAUUCGGCGAAAUUUUUUCUCGAUGGCAGCUCUGCCGCCAAAAUUUUCCCCAAAUUCGCACAGGUGAACUUGCUCGCAGGUAGGUUAUUCCUGGUGUUCUGAUAGUAGAGCGAGGGCGAAAAAUUGACUGGAGGAGACUACAGAGGGAAAAGGGAAGGGAACACGUACGAAUUAACUCGCUCCCCACCAUUUGAACGCCUGGAACAGGCUAGUUCGAAGACUAUGACGUUUUGAGCAUUUGUCCUUCUUAAAAUGGCAUCCCGUCUAGAGUAGGAGACGUAAAAAUUUUGUCCUUUCGUGCUAAGAAUAUUGAAAUUGAUAAUGUGGUAGGUAGUGAGCUAUUUUGUUUAACUUUCCACUCUUUUUUUUAUCAGGGUUCUCCUUGGAGUGACGAUAUAUCCCUUGCUAUUCUCAACUUUCACGAGAGCGGCGUGAUGGAGGAAUUGGAGACCACUUGGAUUGACACCAAGAAAUGCGCUGAACAGAGUAAUUCGCCCGCCACGCUGGGGCUCAACCAUAUGUUAGGUAUGAACUAUCGACUUGAUCUGGUCCCAGUUGUUCAAAAGCUGGACAGCGCUAUCCACCGGAUAAAUCACGAUCCAGCGGAUAAGCGUUAAGGAAUCCAAUUGCGCUAUCGCGUGGAUAGAGAUUUAUUAUAUAAACUGCAGUGUUUUACAAGGAUUUCUACUACCGAGAAAUGUGUUAUCUGAACACACGUAAAAAUACGAUAUUUUUACAUGUGAAGAUAUCGAUAAUUUCACUGACAUCAGGUUUGUCUCUUAAAUUGUACUUAAAUUCGUUGGUGUAUUAUCGAAUCAUCUUCGAGUCUUCCUCGAAAGUGCUCGGCAAUCUUCGGACAUCUUCGAAAAUUCUCGGGAAAUGUUCGGGAACGUUCGUCUGGUCUUCGGGACAAUUUGAAAAAUCUUCGGAAAUCUUCGGAAGGUGGUCGGAAAUCUUCGGAAAAUCAUCAGAAACGCCGUCAUCAGUAUGUUUAUAUAAUAAAAAGAAUAUUACACGUUAGCUCGAAGAUAUGAAUUUUAUGUUCUUGCCACUCGAACAUAAAAUUCAUAUCUUCUCGCCACCGUGUAAUAUUCUCUAUUUAUCCGGUGGAUAGCGAUAUCCACCUUUUGAGCAACUGGGGCCUGAUUCCUUUUCCACGAAGUCCGACAUAAUCAGCGUUGUUUGAUCAAAUUGGGCGUUGCUGGGUCUGAUUCGUUCUAAUAAAUCCACCCUCCACAAAAUAAGUCGUUGUAUUCCAAGCGACAUUACCAGAAUUUCGUGUUAUGUUUCCAGCAAACCUUGGCAUCUUUGUGCUUGUUGACUUGUAGGGAGGGUGCUUCGGCUAACGGGUUCAUAUGGCUAGCAGUGCUAAAACUCGGACAUUCAUCAUUUUCUUUCGGUUAUUUUACAGUGGAACCUCGAUUUAACGAAUCUGUAUGCAACAAAGACCUCGGUAUAACGAACGAUUUUCUCUUCCUCAGCAAUAGUAAAAUAUAUAAAAAAAAGGAACCUCGAUAUAACGAAACCUCGUUAUAACGAACAAAUUUGUCAGUCCCUUCGUUAAAUCGAGGUUCCACUGUAUAUAAAGCUCGCAAUAACAAACAGCAAAAUAGACGUUGAACUUAACGAUGGCUGUUCUUAGUGAAGGACGAAGGACGUCAUCCUAGACGGCACCCCCUCACCCACGCGAUCAUAGCCUGUUCCAGGCUCUCAGAUAGUGGGAGAGACGCGACUUUCCUGUUCGCGCUUUCUCAAUCCCCGCGGACCCGUCUAUCUCGGAGCCUGGAACAAACAUCAGUAUUGCAGGGCAUGUUUCAAGGCGACUUUAGGUGUUAAAUACCAGAAACAAUUUUAGGUUGUAUUCGCCAAUUUUGGCAUCCUCUAUAAUGCACCUUGUUUGACUUCGAAAGUUUUCCAUAAGCAUUCUCUUCAAUUUCUCUUGGGAUGACUUUAGUACGAAGGAGAAAUUAAAAACAAGGGUUACGGAUUUUUUUUUUCAAGGGGGUACACAAAGUGUUUUAUGGAUGAUGUGCAAAUGGAGAAUGUGUUCAAGUACAGUUGGCAACAAGAUCCUUUUUUGUUUCUUAUCUUCCAGGUGUGUUUAUAAUGGUUGCUGCCGGAAUUGGAGCUGGCAUCGUGAUCAUCAUCCUUGAAAUCCUGUACCAUAAGCACCGUGGCUGGAAGGAGGAGCAAAAAGAACUGGCUAAGAAGACAACGGACAAGUGGCGCGCAAACAUUAUGAUGAUGAAAAAGGAACGCACAACUAACGGGGGCCAACCUGUCAAUGGAGUCCUGGACUCACACUCGCCUCAUAGUGAUGGCAUAGCACGCAGGAAUCCCAUCUACAAUGCUGACAAUCACGUGGACGGCACGUUCUCUUAUAACUAGCCGACCGGCAAAAAAAUGUGCUCUGCACGUGCAAAACAUGUUCCUUUGUGGACGGUAACGUGUAAAUAUGGUAUUAACUUAGGAGUUAGGUUCUUGUUGUAAAUUUGCAAUGACAUAACUUUGAAACGGAUCAUUGGAGGGACGACCGGCGUGGGUAACAAUAGCCCCCUUCCCCUCUCUAAAUGAAGAAGAGAAAAUUCUUACAAACGAAUUUUGCCUCAAAAAAUUCUGCAAGCGGAUUUGCCUAACAAUUGUGUAGACAAUGACAAGUAAAAACUCCUGCACCAUUAAUUUUAACACUCCUUCUAGUUAUUUCUAAUGGCCCACGUUCGAUAUAUCAAAAUUUUAACAUGACUCCGAGGCUUUAUGGUCAAAAUUGCAAUUUUUCACUACUCCAUUGUGUCGCAAUUGCCAGAAGAGACCUGAGCACAAAGAAAACCAAACCAAAUAUAGAAAAUGACCAGAGAGCCUCGUAGUCAUGUUAGAAUUUUAAUAUAUCGAACGUAGGCUAUUCGCCGCCCCUUACCCCAACAAGAUACAUAUGCUUGGCUUCGUAUCUGUAUGAUCACUAAUUCGCGAAGCAAAUAUAGUCACUUGAAAAUGACUUGCUGUUGCAGAUACAUUAAAUUUAGCUGUAUAAGUAGAUAGAUUUACCACGACUACGGAAGGUUUUGCAAGCCUCUUAUUUAUUUAUUUAUUUAUUUAUUUAUUUAUACUUAAGAGUAAAGGGUUGUAAAAUAUACAUUAUAUGUCCUGUUUCGAAUUUGUAAACCUUUCCGUAAAUCCACUCCAUUCCAGCAAGUACACACAAUGGAACGAGGUCGAGGCUCGGCUGGACGAUUUCAUUCAAAACUUCUUUAUUUUGGGUGCUUUUUGUUCACAAGAGUGCUGAAAGAGUCUAUUCCCCCGAAGGGGCACUUCCUUAAAAGAGUCCAUACGGGGAGGUACCUACUUCCUCUCGGGAGGGAUUUCACCAGUUGAAGUAUAUAAGAGGGUAGGGAAAUCUGUCAUUUCGACCUGUAAAGGACCGAAAAUGGCAAACAGAAGCAUGUUAUGGCUGUGAAAAAGUCAAAAAAACCUCAUGGCGUAGUGAUUUAUUCAUUUUUAAGAAGACAGUACAUUUACAGAAACUAAAGGGGAUUUAUCUUUUAAACUUGUGAAUGGGGUACCAAUUUUUUGUUUUUGUUGUUGUUGUUGUUGUUUUUUUUUUUUCAGUAGAAGGUAUACGAAAGGGUUAUCUUUUCUGUCAAAAAAUUGCCUGUUUCCAGCGUGGAAACAAAGUUUUUCCCCCUUAAAUCGAUUCGUAGAUCAAUCGGCUAAUGAAACUGAAGUUUAACAAAUGAAAUAAUGCGUUAUGUGUCGGUAUUACUCAAAGGCGUAAUGUCUUUCGAACGGAACGUUACGUCGAUAACAACUCUACUGUUGAGUAGGAGAAGUGUAAUUUUGACUGUUUAGACAUCUAUUUAUUUUACACGCUAAUGUAUCUCUAGGGCAGUGGGAUGAUGUACACUGUAUACUGCUGUUGGAUACUGGUAAAAGAACAUGUUACUGCUCAAGACGUCUAUUAAUUGGGCAAGUAAAUUCUAGAUUGGGGGGAAGGGGUGGGGGUGAGGGUUUAUGGGAUGUAAUGGAGGUGUAGUUAGCAAGUCAUGGGGAGUUGGGCAGCAAGAAAGAGUAAAUUAGCUGAGCUAAAAUAUUUCUAGUGAAAGGAAAUGCGGUAUUUGUUAAUUGCAAUCGUUACUAAUAAACAGUUUUUCGGAGCCUAGCUUUUUACAUCACAGUAAAGUGAACAGUUCUCUGGUCUGGAUUUCUAGAUAUUAAAAAAAGGUGUUAUAUAUAUGCACACCGUGAAUAAACAAAUGGACAACGAAACUGAGUGGUUUUCCGCUAUUUCUAUGUAAGUGUCUCCGUUUCUAACAUUCAUUUACGGAGGUUGAAGUAGUUUUUGGAAAACCUUUGUCACACACGUGCCUGGGGACUAACGAGGUUGCAAUAUAGUGCGGCAAUCAUUUCUCUAACUUUUGGAGGACUAGCUCAGUUGGUAAGGUGCUUAGCUACAGUCAGCGAGGGGUCAGGGGCUUGACCCAUGGGGGCCGGAGCCCAAUUGAGAAAUAAUGCUACUGUUUUUGCCCUGCUAGACCUUCGCGUGGCUCGAAUGACCACGUAAGGUGGCGGUCCCGUCUCCAGUAGCAAACGUAAAAUAUAGUGUUCCCAAUUAGAAGAUUUCGUGCUAAAUACAUUAACAUUCAAGGUUCGUCUUUUAUA